UCCGCCAUCUUGGUUUCCCUCUACCCUACAAUGGAGUCAACUUAAUUAUUGGGCAAUUCCUCUGUAGUUUCUGAAUUACCGACCGAAGAAAAAUGGGGGACAUGGAAAUUGUAAGGCAGUUCAAUAGUGAACUGUCGACAAUCUAUGAAACCAAGCCACCUAUCUCUAAAGCAAAGGUUGCAUCUGUUACCAGGCUUGCUGUUAAGGCCAUCAAGUAUUAUAAACACGUGGUACAGAGCAUUGAGAAGUUUGCACAAAAGUGUCGGCAGGAGUAUAAAGUUCCUGCUCUGUAUGUGAUGGAUUCUGUGAUACGGCAAUCGCGACAUCAGUUUGGUGCCGAGAAAGAUGUGUAUGGACCACGCUUUGCAAAAAACAUCAAACCAACCUUUCAGCACAUUUUCAGAUGUACUCCAGAGGAACAGGGAAAGGUAAUCAAGGUUUUGAACUUGUGGCAAAAGAAUGGAAUAUACUCACCUGAAGUAAUUCAACCUCUUCUGAACUUGCCAUCUACAUUAACCGAAGAGAGUGAAGUGCCACCUGCUACAGAGACAGUCAAUGCAUCUGCUGUAGAAUUGUCAGAGAAUCAGGUCAACCUAGUCAUGACUAAUCCAGUUGCCGCCAAUCUUGAGGAGCAACAGCAGGAACAUAUAAAACAGAUUCAGCUCCUUCAGCAGAAGCUACAAGAACAGCAGCGCAUUAAUGAGCAACAACAGCAGCAGCUGAGGCAGCAACAGCUUCUUCCACCAGGAGUGGUCACCGUACCACAGGAAACCCAGUCUCCACACCAAAUGGAAAGUGGCGUGUCUGCAACGGUGGAAUCUCAAAGGAGAGGCAAACCUCCUCCAGGACUUGGUCAACAGCAACCUAAGUUUCAACUGCAGCCAGAGGUUUAUGCUCAGAUCCAAGCCCUUACAGGUAUGAACAUACGAAUGCCGCAGGCAAACCAGUCUGCCGCACCAGAUUCAUCGACAAGUUCAUCUCAGGUACUUGUUCCCCAGGGGAAUGGUGAUGAUUCUUUACAACCCAAUCAAAUUACAGGAUUUGCUGAUGGCUCAGAUUUUGGACCUUCAAGUGGCAUGCCUGGGUGGCCUCCCCAUGAGAUCAACCCUGGAACACAACUUGGUCCCCAACCUGGAGAUGAGAGAAGACCGACUCUCAUAGAUGAUUUUGAUUAUGGGGAUGAUGAUGAUGAUGAUGCAAGAAUUGCUGAGCAACGACGCCAUUUGAUGGAGGAAGAGAGACGUUUAAGCCAAGAAACUCGCCCUCGCAUGGGUGAUCUGCAGGGUGAUUUUCAGAGCACUUUCAGACCAAUAGGGGAACCUCAUGACCGACAUCCUGAUCCUGCAGGGCCAUUUGGCAGAAGGUCCCCUGAUCUGCAUUCUAGAGAAAGAUCUCCUGGUUAUUACCAUCGCUCUAGGUCUCCUAGAAGACGGAGUAGGAGUCCCAGGUGGAGAGAUCGCUCACCUCGACGACGGUCACGCUCACCUCAUGGAAGGGAUCGGGAAAGAGACCGAGACAGGGACAGAGAUAGGGACAGAGGGAGGAAUCGGGACAGAGACAGGGAUUGGUACAAAGAUCGUGACUCUGACAGGGAAAGAGAAAAGGAGAGAGGCCGUGGCAGUGACAAAGAAGUUGAAAAAAGAAAAGACUGGAUUCCAGCACCAAAGAAGGAAACACUUAGUGUUUGUAGUACAACAAUCUGGGUUGGACAUUUGGCCAAGAUGGUGAUGAAGGAAAAUCUACUGGAGCUGUUUGAGACCAAGAAGUUUACAGUUUCAUCUAUUGAUAUGGUCCCACCCAGAGGCUGUGCUUAUGUUGUGAUGGCAGAAAGACAAGAAGCUUCUAAGGUGCUGGUUACUUUAAAGAAUGAAAGGCUUCAUGGUAACUCCCUAAAGUUGGCUUGGGCACCUGGAAAAGGAGUGAAAGGAAGAGAAUACAAAGAACAUUUCGAUACGGAGCAGGGUGUAGCUUUCAUCCCUUGGGGCAAGCUGGGAGCUAAUGUGGAUCUACAGGCACUGAGUGAAGGAAGUUGGAUUGACCCGGAAACUGUACCACCAGGACAUCAGAACACCACGAAGGAGGGAUCAGAGGCCGGCAGUGCAGAUACCAAUACCUUUAAAGAUGACAAAGAUCUUGGAAACAUGAGUCAGGAAGAGCUAAUGAAGCUGGCAGCCGCUCAGGCAGCUACUAAUGAAAAGAGUUCAGAGCAACCUCAAGCCGUGAACGCAAUCGGACAGCCCCCGCCUCACGUUCCCCCUCCAGGACCCCACAUGUUCCCAGGACAUCCUCCUAUGAUUCCUCCACCAAUGAUGAUGCAGCAUCCGUUUCCUGGAGCUCGUCUACCUCCCAACAUGGUACCACCAGGAGCACCGCCUCCACAUAUUUCUGGAGUACCACCUCCGAAUAUAGGUGGUCCCCCACUCCAUCAGUUUAAUCCAACAAGACCACCUACUGUAGGAACUCAUAAAGGCCCGCCAGGUCCAUCGCCAAACGUAGGCAGACCACAAGAAGGAGGGCAGUUCCAGUCAGAAAAAAGCCGAUUCCCUUCUUCGGGGCUUCCACAAGAUUCUAGUCAGUUUCCUCCCAAAGAUGAGGAUGGUCAGUUGGCACCUCAUCACCAGGGCAGACUGCAUGAAGCUAAUCAGUUCCCUCCCCAUCAUCCUGGUAGACCUCAUGAACGAGGACAACAUCCCUCACACAAUCCCGUUAGACCUCAGGAUGGGCCGCCUUUUCCUCACCAUCCUGGUAGAUUUCCGGACACCCAUCUCCCUCCCAUGCAUCACGGACCACACCCAUUCCGACCUCAUCACAUCAGAAUGCCACGUUUUCAUCCAGGAGGAGCAAGGUUCCCUCAUGAUCUACCUUCUCUCGUGCCCACUGGAGGACCAAUGCGCCCUCCAGACUUUGGCCCAUCUGGUCCAAAUCCAUGGGGACCAGGGCAUGGUCCCAUGAGAGGCCCACCACCUCAUGGCAUUCCACCUCCUGGUUGGCCGGAGAGCAGACCACCAGAGGAUGCUCAUAAUUCUGAGGCACCCGAAGAAUGGAAUGAGCAGCGCAAAAAAGAAGGUGAAGAGCCUAAGGAAGAGAUUAACACAGUUAACCCAGAUAAAUCCCUGGAUAUCCCCAAUGAAGAGCGAGACCGGAGGCCAAGAAGGGAGCAUGAGGAUCGAGAUCGUGAACGAGCUCGGGAUCGAGAUCGUGGACGUGAUCGUGAUGAUCGUGACCGUCGAGAACGCGAUGAUCGUGGGCGAGGUCGAGAUUGGGAUGACCGUUUUCGUGGUCGUGUUCGCGAUCGUGAACGUGACCGAGACCGUGAAAGAGGGCGUGAUCGUGAUCGCGAUCGUGAUGACCGGCGACGUGAGCGUGAUGACCAUCGGUCAAACAGAAACGUCAAUGGUGAACGGGAUGCAUCUACGGAUGGCCCGAGAAGAAGAAGUCGGUUUGAACCACUCGAACAGAAACCUGACCCAACCGAGUUGCAAACUGGAGAACGGAAUACCAAGGAGAUAAAAGAAGCUUCCGUUGAUGAGUCUUCUGUAAAUCCUCGAAAUUUAGAAAUUGAAUCUAGAGGAGAUGAGGGUGAAAUUGUGGAGGGAAAUGACAAAGAAGGUUUCGAUAAUGUGAAUGCUCUCAUGGACAGUGAAGACGGGAGCUUUCCUAAUGAUUGCCAAACUAUAAACGUUCCUCAGAACAAUGGUGAAAACAUUCCCAAUGAUAUCGGAAUGGUAAACAUCCCCCAGUAUAACGGGGCUAUAAGCAUUCCCACAGAUGUCAAUACCGAGAGCAUUCCCAAAGAUGUCGACGCCGUGAACACUCACACGGAGAUUGCAUCUGACAACGGUUCCAAGGUUAUGGAAAAUGUAGACACUACUCGAGGAUUUUACGAGCAGAAUAGCUCGAAAGAAACUGUUAAUUUAUUGAACCCAGAUAUCAAAACUGAUGAUGAAGUCGAUCAAGUCAGUUCCAGCUGACUGUCUACAAACAAACCGAUAGUUGCGUACUGUGCGGUGAUCUGACUCCUUUUGCCCUCGUCGACCGCUUUGAACCUAACUUUUGUGGAGACUUUGCGUUUUAUCAACUAUCCUAACAGUCUAUUUUACCAUGUACCCCGGUCAAAACCGCAUUUUUUUUUUUUUUUAUCACUACCACUCUUUUGAUACACCAUCCAUCCAUUCCUUUUUUAUUUGAAUAGUAAAUCAUCGGACAUGGGAAAAAUUAAACUUUCCGUGGGAGGUGAAUAUCCUUGAAUUUCAACAUUAAUUACUGAAAGAACUGGAACGGUGAAUUUUUGGCAUGGGUCUCUUCUAUCUUAAUUAAUUUCACAAUAAAACCACGGCUGGCCAUUCAACCUGAAUCAAGUAUUUUACAACGGUAGAAAUGAUAACAAAGGAGCGUCAUUGUCUCCUUUUCCAAAAAAAAAAUUGACAAUAAAAGGAAGAAAGAUAGAUGACGAGUUUGCACGACUACGACGUCGUUUGCGGAAAGAUGUCACUAUUUUUCGUGAUUGAAGCGACGUAGAUAGAUCAGGCAUGCCUACCUGAUUCAGGCCGCAUCGCUAACUUCGUUAGGUAGAGUUUAUGUAGAUUUUUAUUUCUUGGAAAUUAGCUUUUUAAAAUAUUCUUACUUGCUGACGCCUUACUGAACCUUGGCUGUACUGUCCCAUAAGGCUUUUCGGGAAUUGUUCAUGUUGUAUUGCAACGACUUCUCGCAGGUAACGUACAUUCACUAUCAUUUACAGAGACCAAUUGAGGUGUGUAUGUACUUUUUAUUUUAAUUAUUUUAUGUUGUAGGAUGAAGCUCAGCUUGCAGUGUUUAGUGAAGAUCAGCAAAGCACUUAAAUUUUCCAUUGUGGGUUUAGCUCGUUUUAAUAGCUCGGGCGGAAGCAAAUUACUUUCGAUUCUUUGUGAGCAAAGCAAAUUUAAACUGACAGCUGUUGUUGUUUUUUUUCAAGUUGUAUCGCAGAUAACAGCUACAGUUUCGAGUGUAUAUCACAGUCGUUGUAAUUAAAUCAUCGGGCACUUUGCCUCAUUCAUGGUUGACCGUUAUGUGUUGUUAGCCGUAGUUGUGCGUAGUGCAGUUGGCAAUUUUAAUUUUCGUGUGACUGGUGUAGCUUUUUAGACUUCUUUCACCCAUGGAAAACGGGCAGGAAAAGAACGAGAAACUCUUUAAUUUUGUAUUUACAGAAUAAGAGAAUAAAUCGUGGAAAUCUU